AUGGCAGCGAGCAAACCAGGCAUCACUAUUGACCCUUCGAAAAAGCAGUCCCCGCUUCGAGAUGAAAAGCAAGGAGCAAGUCUGAAGGAACGACUUCCCCCGGCCAAAUCAAGCCAGACUCACCCGCAACGAAGUCAAUCAAUAACAGAUGACUCCAACGCCUCGCUCUUCUUUGUCGGCACAGCCACAACAAUUCUCGAAUGGGAAGGUUUGCGGCUUAUGACCGAUCCCAACUUCCUCCACGCCGGCGAUCACGUCCACCUGGGCCCGGGCGUCACCGCGACACGUAGGACAAACCCAGCGGUAAACCUGGAAGACCUGCCGCCCGUCGACCUGGUGCUUCUCUCGCACUACCACGCCGACCACUUCGACCAGAAAGUCGAGGCCGAGCUACGCCGCGACCUGCCCAUCAUCACCACGCCGCACGCGCACGAGCACCUCGCCCACAAAUCGAGGGGCGAAGCCUUCACGUCAGUCCACGCCCUCGACGCCUGGGAGGACAUGUUCGUCGACAUGACUUCUUCAUCGUCGCCGCCCAAGGGACGUCCCCCGCGCCUACACGUGACGGGAAUGCCGGGCAAACACAUCGGGGACGGGCUCCUGGCGAAAGCGAACGACAUCCUGGGCGCCGUGCCGCCGACAAACGGCUGGAUGCUUGAACUGGGCCACGCGGGCAACACGGCCGGUGAAAACCCCGACGCCUUCGACUGUGGCUACCGCAUCUAUAUCUCCGGGGACACGCUGUACGUGCAUGAACUGGAGAAGAUCCCGGAACUGUACACGCACGCGGGCAAGCCGAUUGAUUUGAUGCUGAUCCAUUUGGGCGGCACGACUGUCCCAGGCCCGCACAUGCCGCUGGUGAUGGUGACGAUGGAUGCGGAGCAGGGCUUGAAGCUUGUGCAGCUUGUUCGGCCGAAGGUUACGAUCCCGAUCCAUUACGAGUAA